GUGAGCCCAGUCUUCUUGAGGUUUCAGGACGCUCGCCCCGAUCCGGAGCGGUGGGAAGCGAAGAUAGACGCCGGCUGAACUGGGGGCGCCGAGGUAGAGGUGUGGGGAGAACAAGGAGGACUGAGGUCGACAGAGGCGGGGAGCGGCUGGAGGGGUUCAUGGAGGGUGAGGCAGGGGAGUGGAGGCAGUAGUCGGUGGCUGGGGAGAAGAGUGCACAGCCAGAAAGAAAGAGACGCUGGAACGGGGCGCAAGUUGGAGCUGCGAGAGCAGGUGGCACCUGUGCUAGUCGGACCGAGGAGGGUCGGGAGGCACUAGGGUGGAGGUCUGCGGGGACAGGGAUCCCUGAGGUCACUGAUCUGGGCCGGAGCACGUGCGGGUGGGAUCGCUUAAGUGAGGGCGGUGGAGCCAGAGUUUGAGCCGGAUUCCAGAUCCACGCUGGAGAAUCUGGAGUGCAGCGAACAGACCGGGAGCGUGGGCAGGAGCCUGCGCCCCGGGGCCCAACGCUGGGAGAUGCGGGUGCGCCUGGGCGCUCUGGCGGGAGCGGCGGCGCUGAGCGGGGCUCUGAGCUUCGUGCUGCUGGCAGCCGCCAUCGGCACCGACUUCUGGUACAUCAUCGACACCGAGAGGCUGGAAAGGAGCAGCCAGAGGGUGCGGGACCAGGGACCGGCCAACCGCAGCCAGCAAGAGCCUCUGAGCUCCCACUCGGGACUCUGGAGGACUUGCCGAGUCCAGAGCUCCUGCACGCCAUUGAUGAACCCUUUCUGGCAGGAGAAUGUGACGGUCAGCGACUCCAGCAGACAGCUUCUCACUAUGCAUGGGACAUUCGUGAUCUUAUUGCCACUCAGUCUGAUCGUGAUGGUAUUUGGGGGGAUGACCGGGUUCCUGAGCUUCCUCCUCAGAGCUCACCUCCUCCUGCUGCUCACCGGGACCCUCUUUCUCUUUGGAGUGUUCAUCGCAAUGACUCCUUGGUCUGGUGUGAGGGCUCUGGCUUCUGCUACUCUAUUGAGAGUGAAUGGCAGGGAGGAGUGGGUGCAGGAGAUCCGCGGAGGAAUCAGAGAGCCGGGCCCCGUGUGCUGGGAUCAGGUGUGCUCUGCAGCCAGGAAGAGGUUCCUAUGGAUCAAAGGAGAAGGGGGAGAGGAAGGAGCCAGGGGAGCCCGCCUUGGUGUGGGUGCACCACAGGAGAAGCCAGUCACUCUCCUGGCCUGA